UCUUAUGGUCCCAUAUCUUUAACACUAUAACAAUAUCAACCAAUCACAUUUCUCUCGUAAAAAAAUCAUCCCAAAAUGCAUAAAUUGGACUCCCUUUAGCUCCAUUUUCCCUUCUAUUGCUUUCGAUAGUCCAAUCUACAAGACUUGUGAAUGACUCAAAUCCCAGUACAGCUCGAAUUUCAUUGAGCAGAUCAGAAUUUACAAAUUGAAAAAGCAUAAUCUGUGUUAAAUUUGGUGGAUUUCUAUGUAAAUUUAUGUGUAGAGUAGUUUCAUUGAUGGAAAUGUGGAGGAGGAAGAGGAGUGGUGCGAUUAAUGAUGAUUUGAAAUGGAUCUGAAACCCUAAAACUCGAGAAUUACCAGUUGAUUUGUUUUCUAAAAAGAGGUAAAAGAUUGAUGCUGAAUUUUUUAUUGUUCGGCUUAUUAGAUCUGUUGAGAUGAAAUGAAUUUUGGAUUAGUGUGUGUUUGAUUUUAGGGUUUAUUAAUGAACCAUGAAUUUGGAAGAAUGAUUAGCUUUGUGAAAAACGGUUUUUUAUAGAUACUGCAAUUGGUGUUUAGCUUGAAAUUUCAUGUGGGAGUUAUUCGGACUAUUGUUAUUGUUUGUCAAUAGGGGAGGUGUUUUUUUUGGAGAAAUUAGUAUUUCAGUAGCCAAACUGUGUUAAGUAUUGAUUGUAUUGGUGAAGAAUUGAACCAUUGAGAACUUUUUUCUGGAUUUGGGAAAGUCAGAAACCUCUUUUUGUAGAAGUUAGAGUGUCUAUUCUUUUUAAAAUGCAUGCUAGGCAUCGGAGUCCGGUAGGUGGGUAUAAGUCUAGUUCAAUGGGAAUGGGUGGUGUGGCUACUGCCUCGCGGGUUUCACCAGAUGGAUCAGGGAGAGGUCGUGGAUUGCAUAAUUCGGAGUACAGAAACUAUAACCGAGGUGGAUUUGGGCGGGGACAGUCGAGGCAGUUUGGAUUUCAGCAGCCUUCGCAUGGGAACGACAUUUUCAUGGAAGCUGGACGGUUAGCAGCUGAGUAUCUUGUUUCCAAGGGGUUGCUACCACCGAAUGCUCUUUCAGGGAAAUUGCCAAAUGGUAGCUUAAAGAGCCCAGUUGGGAAUUUUCAGGGAUUUAAGCAACAAGAUAUUGAUGAAGGUCAGACAUCAACUCUUUCACGUAUGGAGAGUGAUGUUGGUCCUGGUAGGAGAAGGUUUUCUGAUGAAUAUGAACCAGUGGGUUCAAGAAAUUAUAUGAGAGGAAGGAGAAGAAAUGAGUCCUUUCGAAGUUACAGCUCUGAGUUCAAUCGAGAAUUGCAAAGGACUGGGUCGUUAGAUAGAGCCAGGGCCUACCCCGAUGUGAAUGGUCAAGAUGAAGCUUUCCCACGUGAUAGAGAUGAACAGCAAGUGGCUAAAGAUAGUAGUGUGAUGCUACCUAGUUCCCUUCCUGGUAAACAAAAUCCAGAUAUAGAGAGUGCGGAGGAGUCGAUGUGCUGUGAUCCAAAACCUGCCCUGGGAGAUUCAGGUAAAGAGACAGGUCCCAUCAACACUGGAAAUGAUCUCCCAUCAGAUGGUGAACCUGAACCAAAGAAGUCUGCAGACAUUGGAAUGUUGGAAGAAAAAGCUGAUCCUGUUAAUCUUGCCAACAGUACUGAUGGGUUGGAGAAAAUAGGUGUUAACGAGGAUAUAGAAGUCAAGUUGUUCAGCCAAGAACAUAACCAGACCAGCAUGACUGAUAAUGAUUUACUUAGCUUAUGCAGGUUUGAGAAGGUUCCGACGAGAACACGUUCUUCAUUGGCAAACAGAGGUUUGAAGGUUUGUCAUGAUUCUGAAGAUGAGGAUGCUCAUGAGAGUGAUAUCCCUAAAGAAACUGAAGUCUAUUCCCAAGAAGACAUCCCUGUGGAUGCUUCCCCUGGUGUCAUUUUAUCAGAUCAAAACCGUGAUGCGAAAAGCCUUGAUUCUGACCAACUGAAACCGCAGUCCACCGAGGAAGAGCCAUGUCUUACUUAUGCCAAUAAGCAGUUAAAUGAGACAAGCUCUUCAUCCUUUCCUGGAAGUAAGUUAAUGAGGGAGGAAGAGAAAAUAGAGGGACUAACUGAAAUUGAAACUUGCAGUGCUAUAGACAUGGGAAGAGGUCAGAAACGAGAACUGGAUGACAAUGAUGAUUGUAAGGGAGGAGGAACUAAGAGACCUAGAGAAUUGGCUUCAUUAACAAGUACUUUCUCAGAUGUCUUUCUGUACCAUUCUAAUUCAAUGGAAAAGCAACAGAUUUCACAGGAACCUAGGAGAUCACAUAGCGAGCCGUUAAUAUUUCCAUCUGAGGAGAAGAGAUUGGUAGACAUUUCUAUGAUACCCGAGGGCGAUGCGAGGCUGGGCAGUGACUUCACGGAAAAACAACUUUUGCCCAGUUCCUUUAAGGCUUUUGAUCUCAAUCUUAUGGAAGCUUCUGAUGUGAAUGAGAACCAUGAUGCUGAUCCUGUUCAUAUCUUCCCGUUGAUUACUGAAGGUGUAAAACAAGAAGCACCAGUUGAUAUUCAUCUGACCAUGAGUAGUAACUCUGAUAUAACAAGUAACUAUGCUAAAUCUAGCUUUGAUGGGAGAGAUGUUGAAGUGAUUGAUUUGGAAAAUGAUUCUGAACAAGAAGAGAAGGCUUUCAAUAACCCUGAGAGAAAGUCUGAAGUUGUAUUCACUGGAACAGAUAGCUUUUCUGAUAAUGCACAUAGUACCAACAAUAUACCCCACGCUCAGGAUGGUUAUGGACUUAUGAUUUCAGAAUUACUUGGGAAUGAUAUAGCAAACUGUCCUCCUUUACCAGCAGAUAUGGAUUCUUUGCACAAUGAUAUGGGCCUCCAUAAUGGACUCCAUAAUGGAGAGGGCAUGCUUGGUGACGAUGAUUCAAUAUAUAUGUCCUUGGGAGAAAUUCCGAUAAGUUUUCUGUCACCCUGGGAGCAGCCGGCACAAGAAUUUGGAAAGCCAUUUUGAGGUGCUACGAUCCAGGUUUUCUUGAAAUGUAUUUAUUUUGAUAACCAAGAAAUCCCAAGGUUCAGUGGCGCAUGGUUCGAAACUCAGGUGGAUAAUGGGUUGCUCUCUACUCUUCUCCACUUAAAUUCUAGGCUUUUGUCUGUGGCAAGUUUUGAACCCGUGAUGUGUGCCUAACCCACACAUCACGCACUGCUCUGUUACCACUAUAUCAAAGUCCUGGGGCUGAUGUAUUAUCACAAUGUUUUCUUUAUGCCUACUGUCAGUUCUCAAAACUAGCUCUUUAGUAGUGCAACUUUGUAACUUUGUAUGCCUUGUGCAAAAUCUUGCUUGUUUCUAGAUGAUGAUGUAUUUCUUCCCCCCUCCCUAUCCCUCUUGUUUGAAGUUAGGCAGCAGUGUGUUUUUUUUGUAACUCAUUUCUGUUUCACCUCUUGUUUGAAUUGGAAAAAGGGUUACUACCUCCUUGCGGGAUUGAAAAGCUAAACUGGAAGAUUUAUAGCAGUGCUUUGGCAUACAAUAACUUGGUUCAGUUGAUGGAAACUUUUGAGAAACCAAAUUGAAGCCUAUCUCUGUCAGACAAAAAUUGUAACCAUAAAACAACUGUGUGGUUUAGUUGUUUUUAAUUUAAACCAAAACUACAACAAUUAUUCUGCUCCUUCAAACCUGUUGGCUGUUGAAGUAUACAUAGAGUUAACAAAAAGGGUCUGUACUCUGUACUUUGUAUUGUAACCUGUGGUUGUGCCACACCUUUGUUUUCUUCUUUUUAACCUCUUAUGUCCUUUAUGCUUCUUGACAAAUAAAACCUCCACUCAUUGAAAUUUGAUCAA